AUUGACAGCCAGCCAGGGUCAGCACGUGGCUUUGACGUCGGUGGAGGUGUCACAUUUUAUAAGAAAUCACCAGAGUGGCGAGAGAAAAGCUACAAAUCCCUCAGCCCGAUCCCAGCGCAGAAUUGCCCGCUUCCCAGUGAGCAGCGCAUCUCGGCGCACUGUCUUCACCGGUCACUCGGCUCAGAAGCUACAAAGUGUCCCGCAGCGGGGCUGGUCCUGAGCAGGGAACAUUCAGCUGGUUAAUUUUUUUUGUCUGUAGAUUUAAUGUUAAGCUGAGCUUACUUUUGGACUCUUACUUGUUGGUUCGUGCCGGGAAGUGGGAGACAGAGAGGGCGCGAUGGAGCUGUCUACAACCUCCAGCGCUGAAUGGAAGCUGACCGCCGCUGACCUGCACUGGGGGCUGGCGUUCAACACCACUUUUAGCUACAACGGGAGCCUGAACAACAGCUCGGCGCCGGUCAAGAGCACCACAUCCACGGUCAUUGCCAUCGCCAUCACUGCGCUAUACUCGGUGGUGUGUGUGCUCGGGCUCAUUGGCAAUUUCCUGGUCAUGUACGGGAUUGUCAGAAGAAACCCGGUAGCCUAUGUUUCGCUCCUGGCCACCUUUGGACUUGCCCGCAACUCAAUAUCAAUAUUUGAAUACCUUCGCCCCGAUUUCCUCCACAGAUACACGAAAAUGAAAACAGCCACCAACAUUUACAUCUUCAACCUCGCCCUGGCUGAUGCGCUAGCCACCAGCACACUGCCAUUCCAGAGCGCCAAAUACUUGAUGGAAACGUGGCCCUUUGGCGAGUUGUUGUGCAAAACGGUCCUGUCAAUCGACUACUAUAACAUGUUCACCAGCAUCUUCACCCUGACCAUGAUGAGCGUUGAUCGUUACAUUGCUGUCUGUCACCCAGUUAAAGCACUAGAUUUCCGCACGCCCACCAAUGCAAAGAUAGUCAAUGUUUGCGUGUGGCUCCUAUCAUCUGCCAUCGGGGUCCCCGUUAUGGUUAUGGCUGUCACCAAACCCGGUGACAAAGGGAAUGUGAUGUGUACCAUACAAUUUCCAGCUCCCACUUGGUACUGGGAUAACGUCACCAAAAUCUGUGUCUUCAUAUUUGCCUUCGUGAUCCCAGUCCUGGUCAUUACCAUCUGCUACGGCCUGAUGAUACUGCGUCUGAAAAGUGUCCGUCUCCUCUCGGGCUCCAAAGAGAAGGACAGGAAUCUGCGGAGGAUCACACGCAUGGUUCUGGUGGUGGUGGCCAUCUUCAUCAUCUGCUGGACCCCCAUCCACAUCUUUGUGAUUGUCAAGACCCUGGUGGAGAUCAACCCGAGCCCCUUAGUGACGGCCAGCUGGCAUUUCUGCAUCGCCCUGGGCUAUACCAACAGCUGCCUGAAUCCUGUACUCUACGCCUUCCUGGACGAGAACUUCAAGCGUUGUUUCCGGGAGUUCUGCUUACCCUUGCGCUCCAGGCUGGAGCAGAAUAGCUUCACCCAAGCCAGGAAGUCCACGAGGGAGUCAGUCUGUGCCUGCACCCCGUCCGAGAUGGUCAACAAGUCAGUAUGACUAGGCGUGGACAAGCCCCGCAAAGGAUCACAGUGUAACAGGGGGCAGGACCUGAACACCGAAGUAACCCAAAUCACGACUGAGUUUUAAAACAAAAGAAACUCUUUAUGAUUGUAAUCAAAAGGAGCUUUGACUGAUUCGCCUCACUUUUCAAGGGUAUUCAGAUCAUAAGAUCAUGCCUUCAAUUGAUGAACAGGGAGAAAAAUAAUUGAUUGCUCAUGCAUAUUUAAAGGGCAUUUGGAUGGGUAAAUGGAUAGGAAAAGUUUACAGGGAUUUGGGGCAAACGCAGACAAAUGGGAUGAGCUCAGUUUAGGAAACCUGUUGGGCAUGGACGAGUUGGGCCAAACGUCUGUUUCCAUGCUAUCUGCCUCUAAGGACAAAUGACUCAUCAAUUAUUGUUAAUUAGAAACCAUGCAGUUGUGCACAUAUAUUGUAUGCAAAUUUCCCUUGGCACAAAGGUUUUGAAUUGUAGAAAUAACAACCAUUUGCAUUUUAGAGCCUUUAAAUAUAAGAGGUUCCAAAGCAUUUCACAAGCAUCAUAAAACAAAAUUUGACACAGAACAUCACGGGGAUUCAGUGUUUCAUUGUGCCUGGCUUUUGAUGUUAAAUAUUUCCUGGCCUUUGACAGGAAAAUUAGGAACUGAAAGCCAUUCAGGUACAUUAUCACAAUUAUAAAACUCCUAUUUGCAGCUCAAAACAUGUUGAGCAAAUGCAUUAUAUGACCUGAAUUCUGUAGGUAUUUUUAUGCAGUCCUGCAAACAAAAUUUUACAAAUCUUCUUGAAGGAAUGCAAGCAGAUUCAAUAUUUUUCCUUUCUUGUCGGUCAGUUUUUGUUUAGACAGCUAUGGAAUAGUUUCCCUGAGUUUAUUCUCAGACCUGGAAACAAAAUAGUGAAUACAUCUCUGUCAAAUUGAGGAGAAGACAGAAGACACUUUAUAUUUCUCUUCUCAAUUGUAAAAGUGAAUGAUUGAAAUUCAACAGCUGCAGCAGAUGUCAAUAAGGAUUUUAUUGGUUAAUAUUUUACGUGCUGUAUAUUUGCCUGAAGUAAUCGCUGUAAAGUGAGUUAAGAUAUUCCAUAUUGUAUGUAUUUCAGACAUUAUAAAAUUCAUUGAUUAAAGAACUGGUCACGUUUUCUCCA